AUGUCCGCCGUCGCUAUGUCGAAACGCAUCGAAGUUGAAAAAGAAGGGAAGAAGCUUGCUGAUAUCAAGGAGCUAAUCCUUGACGGAUGCUCUGCCACCGAGAUCGAGGGACUAAAUGAUGAAUUCUCGUCCUUGGAGCAUCUCAGUGUUGCAAACGUGGGGCUGACGACCCUCUCCGGCAUGCCUUCUCUACCCGCGUUGAAAAAGCUUGAUGCCUCGGGAAACCCAAUUGCAGGUGGACUUGAUGCCCUUUUAAAUUGUCCUAACCUUGUGUCUCUUAAUUUGUCCGGCAACAAACUAUCCAACGUUAGUGAUCUCGCUACUCUGGCGUCGUUGGACAGUCUCACUCGUCUUGAGUUGAAUGACUGUGAGUUAGCGACCCUCGAGAAUUACCGCAAAGAGGUCUUCGCCGUUCUGCCCAACUUAAGGUACCUUGAUGGUCUUGACCAGAACGGCAUCGAGGAGACCCAAAACGUGGGUCCUGAUGGAGACAUUAAUGGCGUGAGUAACGGUCAUGUUCCACCAAAAGAUGAAAGCGAUCAGGCUAGUGAGGACGAAGACGGUGAAAGCAGUGAGGAGCCGGUGGAGAAUGGAGACGCUCCGGGCUCCGAGGAAGACGAUGAGAUUGGGCUUUCCGUCCUCCAAGGCAGCAAGGAAUUGGAAGAUGACGAUGGUGAAGAUUACGUUCCUGGUGACGAUGACGAUGAAGAGGAUGACGAUAUUGAAGAGGAGGGAAUCGAGGAUGAACUCGCUGCUCUCUCGGGUGAGGAAGAGAGCGACCGCCGAUGUUCCGUUAAACGGCCCGCAGAGGAUAUCGAAGCGGAGGGAGUCAGUGAGGCGAAAUGCCGAGCCACUGACGACGGUGAAGCCGAGUAA